GGGACGCCGCAUGGCGGGCGGCGGGGCGGAGGGCGAGCUGCGGGCCCUCUACCGCUGGCUGGAUGCCGUGCCGCUCUCCCGGCCACGCAGGAACAUCGCCCGAGACUUCAGCGACGGGGUGCUGGCGGCGGAGGUGGUCAAGUUUUUCUUCCCUGCCAUGGUGCAGCUGCACAGCUACGUGCCUGCCAGCUCAACGCCGCAGAAACUCGCCAACUGGGGCCAUCUCAACAGGAAAGUGCUGAGUAAGCUGAACUUCUCCGUCCCAGAAGACGUGAUCCAGCAGGUUGUGCAGUGCCAACCAGGCAUAGUGGAGCAGGUGCUGCUCCUGCUGCGACAGAAGAUCGAUGAGAAGCAGAAGCAGAACAAGGUGGUGCCUGGCCCAUGCCAGGAGCGGGGUGUACGGGCAGCGCUGGAAGAGGUCAGCUACCUGGAGACAGGCUACUCAAAGGCAAAGAGCAGCGUAGGAGGAGGCUAUGCCCAGGAGUCUCCCAGGGCUGCCGGGGUGACGAAGAGCCAACACGGCUGUGCCCAGGCUCCGCCAGGGGAUGCCUCUGUCCACCUGCAGCUGGCAGAGAGGGAGCAGGCCCUGCUUCUGGCACAGGAGACCAUCCAGAUCCUGCAGCUGAAGGUGGGGAGGCUGGAGCAGCUGCUGCACCUCAAGAACGUGCGGAUAGACGACCUCAGCCGGCGCCUGCAGGAAGCCCAGUGCAAGCAGCGGUGAGCGGACCCUCGCCCACCCGGCAGGGGGCUGCCCCCCAACCCGUUUCACCUGCCCCACCGCUCACACCCGUGGGAGCUCCUCCUGAGCUGGAAGAGCCAUCCUGCUGCCUCCCAGUUGCCCCGGUUCCCAGAGUGGAGACUCAAAGACAAAAGCCAGAGGUGGAAAAAGCAGAUGCAGAAGCAGGGACCCUGUGCCCACCUCUGGGACCCCCCACCCCGUGCCCACUGGUGGGCAGCGCGGCAACAGCAUCACUACGGCAGGGGCUCUGCUCAGCCCUCCAGCCAGCGCCUACCGACAGCAGCGGUUCUUCGUUGCCCAUUAGUAAUUAAAAAGCCGGGUUAUGGCUUGGAGACCUCCCUGCAAGGCUGAGUCGCUGUGGGGGUCCCGCCUGCCCCAGCCUGGGGGUCUUUACUUCCCAGCUGGUCCAGCGUCGGAGGGCGGUGGGCAGCGUGGGGACGCCGCUCGGCUGCCGGGGCCGGGGAGGCGUGCGCUGGCGGAGGCUGGGAUUUAAUCCCUUACUCAAAGCUGUUUGUUUUUGUAAUCUCCAAGAAAAUCCGUGCCUCGGCACACAGGGCAGCUCACGGUGCGGCUGGGCAGCAGCCCCGGCUCUCAGCCUGGCACUGCCACCCACCAAGCCUGUGGGCAGCCCAGCCACGGGGUGGGGGUACCCAGAGAUACCCCCUGCUCCUCCACUCAUCUCCCCCGGGGACGUCCCCCAGUGGUGGAGAGAUGCUCGAGGGUGGCUCUGGGCAUGACUGUCACUGUACCGGGGUCACCUGCGGCCU